CGAUGUCUCUGUCGGGACUGACUGUUGAGGGCAGGAAGAGCAGCCUGAUGACCAGCUGUGCAAACGACACGCAGUACUGUCCCGUCACGCAGUUCCUGGGCAACCUGCUGAAGCUGCUCAUCUUCCAGAACGAGCGGUUCGGCGCCCAGAUCCAGAAGCACGUCAAAGAACUGGUGGGCCACGAACUGAACCCUGCGCUGUACCCGAUCCUGUUUGACCAGAUCAAGGUGUGCGUGGACAAGUACUUCGACGCGGCCGGCCAGGUCAUGGACUCGCCGCAGAACACGCUGCUCAUCGAGAACGUGAUUUUCAUCAUGAAGAACAUUCUGGAGAUGAAGCAGGACCAGCCGUGCGAGUUCCUCGGGGUCACCAGUAUAGAGCAGCUCAUGUUGUCUAUUGUCAAAUAUGUAAGAUAUCUGGACUCCUCAGUCCACGCCAUACAGAUCAAGACCAAACUUUGUCAGCUGGUGGAGGCUAUGAUGCAGCGACGUGACGAGCUCACGUUCCGACAAGAGAUGAAGUUCAGAAACAAGCUGGUGGAGUACCUCACUGACUGGAUCAUGGGCAACUCACACCAAGUGAAUGUACAGGGAGACAUCUGUAGCAUGUCCAGAGAUCUGGACCAGGCCAGUAUGGAAGCAGUGGCCGCACUACUGGCCGGCCUGCCCCUACAGCCCGAGGAGAGUGACCGGGGGGACCUCAUGGAAGCCAAGUCGCAGCUCUUUCUCAAGUAUCUGACGCUGUUCAUGAAUCUCCUCAACGACUGCUCUGACGAGGAGCAGGACAAAGCACUGGAUCCGAACCGCAAACGCUCCAUGAGUAACUUGAGUGCUCUGAGGAACUGCACCGUGCAAGCCAUGUCCAACCUGUUGAAUGCCAACAUCGACAGUGGUCUCAUGCAUUCCAUAG